AUGGAAGGGUAUUUAUUGAAAUGGGUUAAUCCAUUUUAAAGAUGGUAGAAGAGAUACUUCAUACUUAACGAUCAUAUUCUUACUUAUUGCGAUCAACCAGGAGGUAGAUCGAAAGGACAGAUCCAUCUUAAAGUAGCAGGAAUCAAUGAAAGUAAGGAUGACCCUUUACGAAUUACUAUCAAUACGGGAACAGGCUAGAUCUUAUUAAAGGCAUCUAAUGUUGAUGAUAAAAGUAAGUGGUUGGUAGCUUUAAAGAAAAACUAGGAGUAUUGUCAAAGACAUUAGGUGUUCAAUUAUGGUUAAAGAAUUUAAGAACUAUUAACAGAUAUCUGGAGCAAUUUUGCCUUGUUUGAUGAAUAACUUACUUAUCUUUAAGAUAAAGCCACUUUAAUUGUGUACAAGGAAAUCAACCAAAUUAUUAAUCUAGGACAAUACUUAAAAAAUGGAAUAACUUUGUGUUGCACAUUAAUAGAAGAAGAAAAAAUUAAAUUGUAUGGGGAAUCAGAUACAAUCUAUGAGAGUUUCAAUUUUGAGAAUGAAAUACCCUUAAAUACCUAAUCAUCUAAUUAUUUAAUAAGAUAAGAAGAAUAAAAAUAAAAUUAAUUAGAAAAUCUCAACUCCCAACAAUUUUUGGAAUCUAUCAGACUAUCAAAUCCUAUAAAAUUUAAUAACAUUAAAUUCAAUAGGGUUUAUUCCAGAAUAAGUAUAACCAACGAAGCUACUAGAAAAUGUUUACCUUAUAAAUAAGAUCCAGAUGAGAAGUUUGCAUUCUGGCCAUUUCUAAAGGAAUGCAUAGGAAAGGAUUUAACACGAAUUCCAAUGCCAUUAUUAUUUCACUAGCCUCUAUCCGCCUUACAGUUUUUUGCGACUUCAUUUGAAUAUUAUGAAACAUUGAAAUAAGCUGCAAGGGCUGAUGAUCCAUACAAAAGAAUGGCAUAUUUAAUUGCUUUUUCUUUAGUCAGGUGUCUCCUAAAUAUGGAUUGCCAAAAGAAAAUUUUCAAUCCUGUCUUAGGAGAAACUUAUGAAUACAUCACUCCUGAAUAUAAAGUGAUCAGUGAAUAAGUAUGCCAUCAUCCUCCAGUUACUGCGGUUCAUUGUGAAAGCGAUGAUUUUGUAUUUUCAAUCACAAUGGAAGUCACAGUAGGUUUUUCUGGGACCAGCAUAAUGGCCAAAUUACCUGGUUUGGUCCAUUUUAGAAACAAAAAAACUAAUGAAUAUAUGACUUAUUCAUUCCCAAAUAUGAUUGUUAAGAAUUUGUUAUUUGGAAAAAUGUAUUUUGAAUAAGUUGGUGAGGCUAUUUACACUAAUCACACUACAGGAGAUAUUGGAAUUUUAACUUUGAAGGAAAGAACUAGCCAAAAAGAUGCUUACUAACUAAAAGCUACUAUCAAAGAUAAAAAUGGUAAUAUCAGAUGUCAAAUUAGUGGGUAUUUUGAUAAAGAAAUUUAUGCCAAUAAUGAAUUAAUUUGGAAAAGAAAUUCUUUUGAUCCAGAAAGUAAAUGGUAUUACUUUUAUUCUCAUCAUAUUUUGUAAUUAAAUCAUUUAAAUGAAGACAUUUUAAGAAGUAUACCAUAGACUGAUAGUAGAAUGAGAUCAGACUUGAGAGCUUUGGAAUAUGGAUUCAAGGAUCUAGGUUAGGAAGAAAAAGUCAGAAUCGAAGAAAAGUAAAGGGAACGAAGGAAGAUAAUGGAAGAAAAGAAAUAAUAACACAUUCCUAGAUUCUUUAAGGAAGAAAUGGAUCCAAUAUCUAAGAGAAACUAAUGGGUUUAUUAAUACAAUUAUGAAAAAGAGAAACAUUUAAUAGAUUUAGAUUUAUUUUGAUUUGAUUAAUAUUCUUAUAUUAUUCAUUUAUUAAUUGAAUUUGAUAUAUAUAUAUCUUAACAA